AUGGUUGGAGAAAAAUUCUUGCCUUUCUUGGCUAUGGCUAUUGUCCAAUUGGGGUAUGCCGGGAUGAACAUCUUAUCGAAGCUUGCCAUGGAUUCUGGUAUGAACCCGUAUGUUCAUGUUGCGUAUCGACAAAUAUUUGCCUCUAUAUGCCUCGCCCCGUUCGCUUAUUUCUCGGAGAGGACAACAAGACCUCGAAUGACACUAUCAAUCUUUUUCCAAAUAUUCCUAUGUUCCAUAUUCGGGGUCACAAUGAAUCAGAUCACAUAUUUUGUUGGACUGAAGAAUUCCACUCCAACCAUUGCAUGUGCAUUGACAAACAUAAAUCCUGCAGUCACAUUUGUCAUGGCUAUUCCUUUUGGGCUAGAAAGGUUGGGACUGAGGACAAAGGGAGGUCAAGCCAAGGUGUUGGGUACCCUAAUUUGUGUUGGUGGUGCAUUAAUGUUGUCAUUUUACCAUGGACAUGUGGUGAAUAUAGGUAAAUCAAGUGUUCAUUGGAAAUAUGCAGAGAUGACAGGAACCAAAGAUUCAAUCAACCAUGUUAAUUUGAUUUUGGGCCCUUUUCUUCUCCUUGUUAGUGCUAUUUCUUGGGCUAUUUGGUUAAUCAUCCAAACAAGAGUGUGUCAACGAUAUGGGGCUCCAUACUCAAGCUCAGCAAUAAUGUGCACAAUGGCAAGUGUUCAAUGUGUGAUUUUUGCAUUUGGCUUUGACCAUAACUUGUCAGCUUGGUCAUUAAGCCAACCCAUUAGGCUUGUUUCUUCCAUCUACUCGGGAAUAAUAUGCUCGGCAAUGGCAUUUUGUCUCAUGACAUGGUGUAUUAGAAAGAAGGGUCCUCUAUAUGUCUCGGUGUUUAGCCCUUUGUUGCUUGUGAUUGUAGCCAUUCUCAGUUGGGUUCUACUCGAAGAAAAAUUAUACGUUGGAACUGUUGUUGGAGCAUUCUUGAUAAUUGUUGGACUAUAUAGUGUUCUAUGGGGGAAGAAAAGAGAAAUGAAGGCCAAUGUUCACAACAUUGAGCAAGAUGAAAAAAUUGUAGCAAGAAAUGACAGAGAAAUUACUGAAACAAAUGGACAAAUUGAGGAAAAAUUUGAGUUGGAAAUUACUCUAACUUGA